AUGCAGCAGGUCACCAGCAAUCAGCCGGAAUGGAAUUGGCGCCCAUCACAGCCGGAACUGGAACAAGUCGGUUUCAUUUAUAUUGCUCCUGACCCCAGACUUUAGAUUAUUCAAUUACUCCAACAUUCACAAUCGCCUGAUAAUGCCGUGCAACAGCAGGUUCAGAAAGUAAGUGCUUGUUAUAUACUUCAGUCUAUCAAUGAUUUUAGAGCCUGGAUGCGCUUAAUAGUCUCCCAGAAUUCUAUUGUUAUCUAUGUUAUAUUCUUGGUGAGGAAAGGCGGGCAGAAGUAAGUUAAUUCCCUUUAGUUUUUAUGAUUUACCUAGGUGAGUCAACGAGCCUUGAGUGCGUUGUUGCUGAAAAACUCGAUUCGAUUGCAUUGGCCUCACAUUCCCCAACAUAUCAGAGACUAUCUGAAGAAAAAUUGCUUUGCUGCAAUCGCCGACCAGUCGCCAUUGCUAAGAGCGACUGUUGGCAUAAUAAUUACGACAAUAUUUUGCCAUGAAGGAUGUCACAAUUGGCCAGAAUUACUCCCAACUUUAUGCGGAAUGCUGGAUUCCGAUAAUAAGGCACAAGUCGAGGUAAGAUUUGGUACCUAAAACAAUAUAUGGGAAUGAUUGCAGGGAGCUCUAAGUUCAUUACAAAAGAUUUGUGAGGAUUCAGCAGAUCGUUUAAUCUUUGAGGAAGUGAGCAUUUUGGUGGGAAAGAUUUUGCCGUUCUUCCGAUCUCAAUCAGUCGAGUUGAGGACAUUGGCUGUCACAACAAUCAAUUGUAUACUUUUGGUGCAGAACGAGGCUUUUAUUUCCAUUAUUGAUCCUUUCCUUGAAGCGUUAUUUCAACUAGCUCUUGAUCCAGUUGGGGUAAGGUAUUUUUUAUUUAUCGUUAUUGCUUUUAGGAGAUACAAAAAGAAUUAUGUCGAGCAUUGACAUUACUCCUAGAAAGUUACGUCGAAAAGAUUGAUUCUCAACUUGACGACAUUGCUCAAUUUAUUUUGCUGAAAACUCAGGAUGAAAGGUUAGAUAUUGCUCAAGAAGCCUGCGAAUUUUGGUUGGGAUUGGCUGAAAACGUGGAGGUUUGCAAAAAAGUUGUUACAAAGAUCCUCCCAGAACUGACAGCCGUUCUAUUAAGAUGCAUGAGGUAUUCUGCGAACGAUCUGGCUAUAUUAAAGGUAAUCUUUUUUCGCGUUUUUUUAUUAUCAUUUAGGCUGAUGUCGAGGAUGAUGCGAAUGUCCCAGAUCGAGCCGAAGAUAUUCGACCGCGGUUUCAUCGAGCUCGGAACAUGUUCGACGAUGGCAAUGGAGGUGGUGGAGAUGAUGAUGAGGAUGGGAACGAUGACGAUGAUGAGGAUGCUUAUAUUGAAUGGAGUCUGAGUAUGUUACCAUUUAUUCUUUUUAUUUGUUCUUUAGGGAAGUGCGCUGCGGCCUCAUUGGAUAUGUUAUCCAGUAUAUUCGGAGAUCCGUUCCUAGAGUAUCUAUUGAGGAAUGUAAACGAUUGCCUGCAAAAUGAGGAUUGGAUAGUAAAAGAAAGCGGGAUUCUUGCAUUAGGCGCAGUCUCAGAGGGGUGCACGAAUGGAAUGAAUCCCCAUCUUCCAACUCUGAUUCCAUUUUUGAUCAAUCAAUUAGACGAUCAACAUGCUCUCGUCAGGUCGAUCACUUGCUGGACUUUAUCGCGCUACUGUCAUUUUGUUGUCUUCCAACCACAAUCGGAACUAUUUAGAUUACUGCUCACAAAAGUAAGUUUUUAUUCCGAAUGAUAGGAAGUUAAUCUCGUUUCAGUUAUUAAUCAGAAUUCUGGAUAAAAACAAGAGAGUGCAAGAAGCGGCUUGCUCUGCUUUUGCCACCUUCGAAGAAGAAGCCGGUAAUGAAUUGGUUCCUUAUCUUCCGGACAUUCUCAGCACCUUAAUUGAGGCUUUCAGGAGGUAUCAGGUAGUGUUAUUUUAUAUUACCGUAUUCUGUUUUUUAGGCUAAGAACCUUCUAAUUCUCUAUGAUGCAAUUGGAACUCUCGCCGAUUCUGUCCGCUCAACCCUUGGCCAUCCAGAAUAUGCCAAUACCCUGAUGGCCCCGUUAAUUCAGAAAUGUCAGAGUCUUCGCGAUGAUGAUCGGGAGCUCUUCCCUCUUCUGGAAUGUAUUUCUUCUGUCGCCAAUGCUCUCGGAAUGGCAUUUAUGCCUUAUUGUGAACCAGUAUAUCAAAGAUGCAUCUCACUUAUCAACAGUACACUUCAACAAGUGAUAUUAGAGUCCUCGAAUCAGGCCUCCAACCCAAAUCUCAAUGGAAAUGUGCAACCGGAAGCGGACAAAGACUUUUUGGUGGUUGCUUUAGAUCUUAUCAGUGAAUUGUGUGAAGGAAUCGGAACUAAUAUCAUGCCUAUUGUGGAGAGAAGUAACCUGGUGCAACUGGCGUUGUAUUGCGCGAAUGUAAGCGGCCAAGGUCAUUCGAAUUGAUGUUGGUUUUCAGGAUUCAUCCAAAGAAGUCCGACAGAGUUCAUUUGCAUUGGUCGGAGACCUGGUUAAAGCCUGUUUCCCAUUAAUCGCCAAUGAAAUUCAACAUGUGAUGCCAGUUCUGAUGAAUAAUCUAGAUCCUCAGAAUGUCUCUGUUUGUAACAACGCAAUCUGGGCAAUGGGUGAGAUCGCCUUAAAGAUUGGAGAACAUAUGAAUCAGUAUGCCAGCUUGAUUGUUUUACCAUUAGUGGAAGUCAUCAACAGGGAUCGAGUAACCAGAACAUUACUUGAAAAUACCGGUAAGUCACACUUUUGUUGUUGUUUUACUGUUUAGCAAUCACAUUGGGACGUCUGGGACUUCAUUGUGCUCCAACCUUAGCACCACACCUGAACUCUUUCAUUCGGCCGUGGUGUCUGGCCUUGAGGAAUAUCAGAGAUAAUGAUGAAAAGGAGUCCGCGUUCAGAGGGAUCUGCAUUGUGAUCAGACACAACCCCCAAGGGGUUAUCCCAAACUUUGUCUUCUUCUGCGAUGCCCUGGCUUCAUGGACAAAUCCAUCUCCAGAUCUGAGACAAAUUUUCCGAGAGGUAUGGUCACUCAUGGAUAAUAAAAUUAUUUCUUCAGAUCCUUCUCGACUUCCAACGACAAGUAGGAACUGAUAUCUGGACUCAAUUCGUCGCUCAAUUCCCUGAAACCUUGAGUUCGCGACUUCGGAAUCUUUACGAAUUGUAA